UUUGAACCGUUGACAUUUGAAUCGUCGUGGCUCCCAAGAAAGAUGUCUCGUCGAGAUGUGGGAGCAGGGCUAGCGGUGUCUUCAGUGACGUGUGCCCUCUUGGUCGAAAUAAUGCGUGCUUUAGGAUCUCAUUGCCUCCUGGACGAAAGAGGGCAAGGACUACUUGAAAAAGAAGAGGAAGGGCAACAAGACGGAGAAGAAGUGAUCGCCAAUGAAGAGGACAAGAUCACAUUAAACGAAGGGCUUUUACUCCCUAAACCUGCCUCAUCUGAUCGCGCGACACAGGACGAAGGAAAAGUGGACGAAAAAGCCGCAAAAUUUCUACGGAGCAAACUAUGCAGAGAAGAGGCGUCCAUCAGAGCCCUGCUGCACAUCAUACAUGAUUGUGAAACCGUUUGUAACCGUGCUACAACAAGCGGGAGAGACCAAAAAGCGUUGGCUUGCGCUCGAACCUGCCAGCAGCGCGCGAGCGUUAUUUUGCGUCAUGUUCUUUGCUUUGAAGGAGAAGAAAAGGGCCAAGGGGGUGGAGAAAGUGACCGGGCGCUAGCGUGGAAGUGCCUGGUAAAGGUUUGCGUAGACGGAGGGGCUUCCUUUUAUGUUAACAGUGCGCGGCGUGCUUUUAGGAAGUUUUUUUGGAGCCGGUACUGCAUUCCCUACGCCACACCGCUUAUUAACAUACUAGCCUCAGUCUUUGCGCUGAGUCCUCUUGGUAUUGCUCUGGUCCUGGUCGGGGUUUGGCACUUUGAGGGUUCGCACAGUCUCAAGCGCUGCAUGCGAGAGCUGCCGCGUCGUUGGAUGGAACUCGCUCUGCGUGAGAUGCCGCUCCAUUUGUGGCACAAUUACAAGGAGACAUACGACACUAACUCUUGGCGCGGCUUCUAUAAAGCCCGCUUACCCUUUUGGGAUGAUGAGAAGGUCGUCAGCAUCGAAGGCGAGGAUUGGCCAGGAAGCGGGCGCUUUCUCGCAGGGACCUUUUGUCGAAUGUGGUGGACGUGGAAAUCCAGUCAGAAAUUCAAAAAAAAUUCGGAUACUCCACCUUGCCCUCCUCUAGUAUACAUUAUUUCAAACAGCAUAUCCAUUCCUUCGUUUCCCACUCCCACCGCGCUUGUGGAGAUGGCUGUACUACUGGGGCCGCCGUGCCUCUACGUGACGCAGUUUUCAUAUUUCGGAAGCACUGCAGUGCUUCUAGUAUGGUCUUGCCUGUGGUGCUUAAUGCUCUUGUCAUGAGAAUAGCAAGCGAACACCUUUACCUCAUAAUUGAAGACGAGCAAAAAGUCUUUUCUGACGAAGGAUUCACUGAUGGUCUGGAGUCCUGGGCCAGACGUCACGCACUUGCUCGCUGUACCCGAGGACGAGAUUUUUCAACAUCUACUUGUUUGGUUUUUCGGAUAUCUCUGGAGUGAAAAUGACCGUUCUGAAAGACGUGUGACGAUGAUGAAGAUCGAUAUUGUACGCAGUUGCUGGAGUUGC